UGAGUUUGUUGCUUUCUGUACUGGCAAGCCUCAUCACCAUCCAUCCCACUGGGCUGCGGGGCGCUCUCAAGCCCUGCCUCCUCCUGCCCUCCGGCCCAUGGCCCUUUCUUCGCCGGCGAGGGCAAGAGCCGGGCUGGAAGGAGGGCAGAUGCUGAGCCCCGAAAAGGAAGGAGAGCCAGAAAGUUACAUGGGGUGUGAAAAGGCCAGGAAUGCCGGGGGAGGAAAUGCUGCCUAGCAGAAACGGUUUCGAACUGGCGGCCGACUUUUCCCUGCGAGGCGAAGGAGUGGAAGGAGAGAGAGGAUCCCGCCAAGUGAAGUGAGGGAAGAGCCUCGCAAGGUGCCCAGCAUGUCCUGGCUGUCCAUCUUCAGUACGCUCUGAUGAUGAGCAUCAACUCCUCUCUUAGCUACAAGAACGCCUCAGGGAACCUUACACUUCUGGAGAAUGGAGUAGACAGAAUUACAGAGUCAAUUGCAAUCAUUGUCAUUGCCAUUUUCAUCUGUUUAGGAAAUCUGGUCAUUGUCCUAACUCUCUACAAAAGGUCGUACCUCCUCACACUCAGCAACAAGUUUGUGUUCAGCCUGACCCUAUCCAACUUCCUCCUUUCGGUACUUGUGCUCCCUUUUGUUGUGACCAGCUCCAUCAAGCGAGAAUGGAUCUUUGGUGUUGUUUGGUGCAAUUUUUCAGCCCUGCUGUAUAUGCUGAUCAGCUCUGCCAGUAUGCUCACACUCGGACUUAUUGCUAUCGAUCGGUACUAUGCUGUCCUAUACCCAAUGGUUUACCCAAGGAAGAUCACGGGUAAUAGAGCAGUGGUGGCUAUUGUGUACGUGUGGCUCCAUUCUCUCAUUGGAUGCCUUCCUCCCCUCUUUGGUUGGUCUUCCCUAGAGUUUGACCAGUUCAAAUGGAUGUGUGUGGCUGCAUGGCAUAAACAGGCAGGUUACACUGCUUUUUGGCAGAUCUGGUGUGCAUUGCUGCCCUUCAUGAUCAUGAUGAUAUGCUAUGGAUUUAUCUUCCGCGUGGCUCGGAUUAAAGCCCGGAAGAUUCAUUGUGGGAGUGUGGUCAUUGCAGAGGAAGAUACUCAAAGGAAUGGGAGAAAGAACUCCAGUACUUCAACGUCCUCCUCAGGAAGCCGGAGGAAUGCUUUCCAAGGAGUGGUUUAUUCUGCCAAUCAGUGCAAAGCUCUGAUAACUAUUUUGGUUGUGAUUGGUGCCUUUGUCAUCACAUGGGGGCCUUACAUGGUGGUAAUUACCUCUGAGGCACUUUGGGGGAAAAACAGCAUUUCCCCAACUUUGGAGACAUUAGCAACAUGGUUAUCUUUCACAAGUGCCAUUUGCCACCCUUUGAUUUAUGGACUAUGGAAUAAAACGGUACGCAAGGAGUUGCUAGGAAUGUGUUUCGGAGACCGAUACUACAGAGAAUCAUUUGUGCAGCGACAAAGGACAUCCAGAUUAUUUAGUAUUUCUAAUAGGAUUACAGAUUUAGGUCUGUCUCCACACCUCACAGCUCUUAUGGCAGGUGAAAGGACGCUAGGACAUAGCAGUAGCACAGGAGAUACAGGAUUCAGCUACUCUCAGGAUUCAGGAACAGAUGUCAUGCUACUUGAAGACUAUAGUUCUGAUGGAGUGCACCCACAUUGUGUGUAUCCUCAUCGACGGAGGAGUUCAGUGACAUUUGAAGAUGAAGUGGAACAUAUUAAAGACAAAACAAAGAAUUCUAUCCUUCAUGUAAAAGCAGAAGUUCAUAAAUCCCUGGACAGUUAUGCAUCCAGCUUGGCCAAAGCUAUUGAAACUGACGUGAGGAUCACUUUGUUUGGUGGAGAUGCUUUAGCUGGUUCUUUGUUCCCAGUACGAACAGUGGGAAACAGCAGCACUUGUGCACGGCGCGGUGGCCGGACCCAUGCUGGCCAAAGACUACAGUUACAGAGCAUUGAGGAAGGAAACGCUUAAAAUGGCCUCAGUGGGGACCAGACAAAACCACUAAGGACAGUACAGGGCUGUUUCUCUUGGGAAAGAAAACAACCCAAGGAGUUUUAGUCAAGGACAUGGAAAGAUACCCGAAGACUUGGCUUAACAGUAUUAGAAUGUGUGUGUGUUUAUAUAAAUAUAUCCAGUGAGCUACCCCACCCUCCAGGAUAAUCACAAUGUGCCUGAAUGACUGCUUAGCAAAGGAACACGUUCAUAAUAAAAGGGGAAUGGGGAGCAAAAAAGGAGUCUGCUCACAACUUGAACAAUAAACUGCUAUUUGCUUUC